AUGAAAAACUUUGAAGGUCAUGCCCUGCCAGGGUGUUACUUCCUGACUGUUGGGGUCCUGUGGUCUGUGAAACACCCCAUCAAGUAUCUCAUGCAGAGGAAGAAUGAAAACAUUAGCAAGUAUAAGUGGUACCAGUAUCUUGAGCUCCUGGAAGGGCUGGGCAAAGUUAUCAUUGCUCUAGUGGGGAUUCUUGCUGGACAGUUUAUUCCUGAGGGCCCCCAUCUGCAUCUCUACACUCAGGAUCACAUGUGGGUGGACCUGCUGACUUGGACACAUGGAACCAUGUACUUCAUCCAUGGCCUCGCUGGCCUAGUGGAUAUUCUCAUCCCCUUCCCACUUGGGCUGCCCCCAGGGCUGGAUCGCUUCAUGCUCUCCCAGGCGCUGUUUGUUGAAGGUUUUCUCUUUUAUUUUCAUGCCCAUCAUCGCCCCGCGUUGGAUCAGCACAUCCACUCACUCAUGCUCGUUGCCAUAUUUGGUGGUGCCCUCUGCUCCCUUCUGGAAGUGUUCAUGCGAGAUCACCCAGUCCUGGAGCUCUUAAGGACUACCAUGUUCCUUCUCCAAGGAUCCUGGUUCUUGCAGAUCGGGUUUGUGCUGUACCCACCAUGGGGCGGGCCAGGCUGGGACCAGGCUGAUCAUGAAAACAUCAUGUUCCUCACCAUGUGCUUCAGCUGGCACUAUCUAGGUGCUCUCCUCCUCUUUAUCAUCAACUACGCCAUCGUUUACUGUUGCAUUGAGAGAUGGAAGAAAUAUGGCAGACAGGGAAAAAUUGGGAGUUCGAUUUUCGACACGAGUUCCUAUACUCCCCUCCUACUGCGAACGGAUAACAUGGAAAAUGUUGACUCCACGCUGGAGUCUCUUCCUUCCUAGAAGCCAGGAGGAUUUUCCUGCCCCCCCAACAACAUGGGCUGCAGAUUUGUCACGGUGUUUAACGAACAUCACAGAGCGCUCAGACUUUUAGUAAAAGUCACAGGUUUAGGAAGAAAUGUUAAAGUUACCAGGGGGGCAUGUCAGAGUGGUGUGUUGGGUCUUACCCCUCGGGGAUGGAAGGCCCUUGGGGGAGGAUAGAGUCUAUCCCCGAAGGCUG